AUGUCAACUGCUGGCCCGAAGUGCGUGAAUGCUUUUCCGAAAAGGGCACUUUGCAAGUUCGUGGACAGCCUUACCUCGCGCGUGAUCCCCACUCUCGAUGGCACGAAGCGGCUCACUAUCGGCGUAUACCAAAUAUACCAGAAAUUCCAUCGCGACCUGCCGGCGACGAAGCAAUACGCGUACGGCACGAGUCAGAAGACGGCGUCGUACCCCGGCCCCACCAUCGUGGCGCGGGUGGGCAUCGACACGACGGUGACGUGGGAGAACCACCUGCUCGACAACACACACAUGUUCACCGUCGAUCGCACCGUCAUGAUGGGCGUCAAACUCCCCAAGAAGGGCAUCCCCAUCGGUAAGAGCGCUCUUAACCGUAAAACAUUCCCCCAUUGGUACCUCCCGAACGGCACCCUGAUCGACAACACGCACAUGUUCACCGUCGAUCGCACCGUCAUGAUGGGCGUCAAACUCUUUAAGAAGGGCAUCCCCAUCGGUAAAGAGCAUAUCUCAUGA